CCCCGCCGGGCCGCCUCCUCCGCCGGAGCUGCCGCAGCGCCGCUCGGAGCACAGGUGUGCCCAGGUGUGCCCAGGUGUGCCCAGGUGUCUCCAGGUGUGCCCAGGUGUGCCCAGGUGUGCCCAGGUGUGCCCCCAACCCAGGAUGAUGUGCGAGGUGCUGCCCACCAUCAGCGAGGACCCCCGGCGGGGCUCGGGGGCUGCGGAGGAGCCGGGGCUGGAGCAGCUGAUGGUGCAGAUGCUGCGGGAGCGCGAGCGGCUCCUCGAGACCCUGCGGGACACCCAGGAGGGGCUGGCGACGGCGCACCUGAGGCUCAGGGACCUGGCCCACGAGAGGGACCUGCUCCAGAGGCAGCUCAACAGCGCCCUCCCACAGGUGGGUGUGUGGGUGUGGCCCCAGGUGUGAUGGGAGGAGCUCCAGGUGGGGUGGGAGGGGCUCACCUGAGGCUCAGGGACCUGGCCCACGAGAGGGACCUGCUCCAGAGGCAGCUCAACAGCGCCCUCC